UUUUUUUUUUGAUAUUUCGCUCGUUUCGAACUUGCUUUUGUCAUUCGAUUCGAAUAUUGACGAUUUAUUACUGUUGUCUUCCAAGAUAAAAACGAUUCGGUUUUGUUGUUUUUUUAUUUGGAACAAAAUAAAAUCUUAACAAAAUAAAAAUUGACAAAUUUAAAAACGAUAUAAAAAUGAUGGCACGUCGUGAAUCCGUUCCAUUGGAUUGUAAAGUUUAUGUUGGUGAAUUAGGUAACAGUGGUAAUAGACAUGAACUUGAAGAUGCUUUCGGUUAUUAUGGUCCAUUACGUGAAGUUUGGGUUGCACGUAAUCCACCAGGUUUUGCAUUUGUUAUGUUUCAGGAUGCUCGUGAUGCACGUGAUGCUGUUCGUGCUUUGGAUGGAAAAUUGAUUUGUGGCCGUCGUGUACGUGUGGAAUUAUCCACUGGUAAAUCUCGACAUGAAAAACGUGGUUUUCGAAUUCGUGAUGGACCUGGCGGACCACGUGGAGGUUAUGGAGGACCUGGCGGUCCACGUGAUGGAUCACCAAGACGACCACGUGGUGAUCCAUAUGGGCGCGGUAUGCCUGAUCGUGGUCCACCAGGACCUAAUGGUCCAGCUGGUGGCCGUUAUGAUGAUCGUUAUGCUCAUCGAGGUCGUGGUUAUUCAAGAAGCCGAAGCCGUUCACCAUCACCGAUUGUUCGUGGUCGGCCACGAACACCGCCAUCAAGAUCACGAUCACGUUCGCCGAUUCCAAAGUCACCGUUAUCAGAUCGUUAUGGUGUGUAUUGAAACACGAUCAUCUUUGAAAUGUAUCACCGUCAUUAAACAUGUGUGUGUUUUUGUUGUGAUUGAAAAUUAUGAUCAAUGGCCAUCAUCAUUGUCAUUAUUUUUCAAGAAAAAAAAAUAAACAAAAUACACCAUCAUCAUAUUUGUCUUUAUCAUCUGAAUCAAUCUCACCCAUAAUAAUUAUUCAUCCAUUGCAACAUUCAUUUAACAUUUUUCUCUGCAUAUUUUGUAUUGAUCAACCCGUUUAUACCAUCACACGGAUUCAAAUGAUGACGUUUGAUAGUUCGCUAGCGCAC